AUGUCAUCGUCUCACGCUAUUUACCCAAGCUUGCGGGGCAAGACAGUGCUCAUUACAGGCGGCGCAGAGGGCAUCGGCGCUGCGACAGUCGAGUUGUUCACCCUCCAAGGCUGCCAGGCCAUUUUCCUCGACAUUGCUGAAUCGUCAGCGCAAAAGACAAUUAACAGUGCCGUAUCGCGAUCGCAAGACGCCAAAGUAGAUGCGAAAGCGCCUAUCUUCUACAAGUGCAAUGUUGCAGAACUAUCUCAAUUGCAGGCCACUGUGAAGGACAUUCAGGAAAGACACGGCAUGGUCCAUAUUUUGGUGAACAACGCCGCGGCAGCUGGAAACAGAGCCAGACUUACCACAGAAAAUGUCACAUCCGACGAUUGGGACUUCAACAUCAACACCAAUCUGCGACAUGUCUUCUUUCUGAGCCAGGCUGUUCUACCAGCCAUGAAAGAAGCAAGAAGCGGCAGCAUCAUCAAUUUAGGAUCCAUUACCUGGCGCAUCCCCGCCGAAGGAACCCCAGUUUACGGAGCCUGCAAAGCCGCCAUCAUGGGCCUCACACGCACGCAAAGCAAAGAAUUCGGCAGGUUCAACAUUCGCAUCAACAGCGUCAUGCCUGGCGCCAUCGCAACGCAGAGACAGAGAGAUGAGGUUCUCACGCCAGAGUAUCGCGAGGUAGUGAUGCGGGGCCAGAGUCUACAGCGGGAUCUUGAGCCUGAGGAGGUGGCCAAGGUGAUUGUGUUUUUGGGCAGCGAUGAAGCUAGCGGCGUGACAGGUAGCUCUUAUGUUGUUGAUGCUGGGUGGUGUAGCGAUCCUUGA